CCAACAUGGGCGGUGCGUCCAAAUCCUAUUAAUUAAUGGCCACCCAGCCAUACUUACCGUAUCAGCACAUGAUCUCCACUUCUUAAUGCUUUUUGAAGUUUAAUUUCUCAUUUCUAGCUUCACAAUUCCAGUUCACUCCAAAACUUAUUUGACAUUAACAAAAACAGAGAGCAACAAAGAGGAAUCCAAUGGCACGCAUCUUCUUAUUUGCUCUGUAUCUUCUUCAGCUACUUUCAGCUUCAUUAUCUGCAACGUUUACAAUAACAAACAAGUGCACCUACACGGUCUGGCCAGGGAUGCUUUCUGGAGCGGGAACGCAACAGCUUUCCAGCACCGGCUUUUCUCUGGAACCAGGCCAAUCAAGUUUAAUCUCGGUGCCCACUUCUUGGUCAGGACGUUUAUGGGGUCGCACUUUCUGCACCCAAGACCCCACAACUAACAAGUUCACUUGCCUAACCGGUGACUGUGGCUCUGGUACUGUAGAAUGUUCUGGUGGUGGCGCGGCCCCUCCCGCCACCCUGGCUGAAUUCACUCUUAACGGAGCAGGUGGGCUCGAUUUUUACGAUGUUAGUCUUGUUGACGGCUAUAAUCUUCCCCUGCUGGUGACACCCCAAGGGGGAAGUGGAGGGAACUGUAAUAUCACUGGAUGCGUUGUGGACUUGAACAGUGAGUGUCCUACUGAGCUUAAGGUUACCGAAGGGGCGAAUGGCGAGGACUUGGCUUGUAAAAGCGCAUGUGAAGCAUUUGGUGAUCCUCAAUAUUGCUGCAGUGGAGCAUAUGCAACUCCUGAUACAUGCAAGCCAACUUCUUACUCCAUGUUUUUCAAAACUGCUUGUCCUAAAGCUUAUAGCUACGCCUAUGAUGAUGGAACAAGUACCUUCACUUGUGCAGCAGCCGAUUAUGCCAUCACUUUCUGCCCUACCCCAAAUACCAAUCUGAAGUCUGCUAAUGGCCAAUUCCCGGCUGCAGUUGACAUAUCAGCCGGCUCUCCGCACACAACGCCUACAUCCAUCGGUGCUGCCAUUGUAAUUUCAGCUGCAAUUUCGAAGUUGUGGCAAGUCAAGUGACCCUCCUGUUAGCUAGCAUACGACCAACAAUACUAGCGACUGGGGAAGUGUUUUGCUUCCCUUUGGCAUUUUGGGCUUGGGAGUUUGAAUUUGCUGUUUUAGCCUUAAGCUAUCGUCUUAACAACAUUAAUGGGAUACUGUUGAGAUGGUGCAACUUGCUUCAAACUUGGAAGGCAAAAAGUAAGGCCCAGCGGUCAAUUUGCUUGCACACUAGCCUGCAUUGCUGGUUCUCUUCUCUUUUUCGACUAAAAAAGACACCAUUCUUGGAAUUCUUUAAUCGAAUUUCAGGUGACAGAUGUAGAAACAUACAAAUUAAACAUACAUCAGCAGUCACACUCCUUCAUUUGAAGACACAAACUAUGACUCGGCGCUGGCGUAUCGAAGUUUAAUUGUUUUUAAUAUUUGAUUUCUUAAAUAUAUCAACUAAAGGAGGAGAGAAUUAUUAAUUAUGUGCAUUGUUUAGCAACCAUCCUCCUAAUAAUGCCAAUCGAGAGACGCUGAGUUCAUGCAUGAUCUCUUCUUUUGUACAUAUUCCUGCUGGCAUUGCUUAAGUUAAUUACUCCAUCCAAUGAAACAAUGUAUGCCCAUCUUUCACGUC